ACACAUGUCGAUUGGCUUGUCAUUCUGUGUCGGUGUUUUGUUGUUUAGCGAGUCGCCUUAUCAUCGUUUCUGUGGCGAAUAAAACGGUGAAUUAAGCAGAAAAACGGAUUAUUUCAUAGUCCUCACGAUUGCGAAUCAAGGUCCAACCAGUUCGGGUAAGAAGGCUAGAAUCGCUAGGUAAACAGCCAGUGCUAUUCCUGGUCGUACCAUACUCCAAAGGCAACAUAAUCCAUUCGUCUUGAGUGAUCAUCGAACAAAACACACAAAUGGACGGAAAGACUGGCACCAACAGCAGAAAAGCUACAUUCUUCCCGGUGUGCUUUGCUUCUGGAUUUCUGCUGCUGCUCCUAGUUCGACACAGCACGCAACAGGGUGAUAUCAAUGAUUACAUGAAACGAGAGCAUUCCCUUUUCAAACCGUACCAAGGAUCGGGCAUGACAAUACCGUACUGGGAUUUCAUAGGCACAACAUUUGUCACGAACUCUUACGUCCGGCUGACGCCAGAUCUGCAAUCGAAAAAUGGGGCAAUUUGGAAUCAUGUGCCCUGCACAUCGAUUAAUUGGGAACUGCAGGUGAAUUUCAAGGUGCACGGUAAAGGAAAAGAUCUCUAUGGUGACGGCUUCGCGCUCUGGUACGCCCGGGAUCGGCUCCAGUCGGGGGCAGUUUUCGGCAGCAAGGAUAACUUUAUGGGUUUGGCCAUCAUCCUGGAUACGUACAGCAAUCACAACGGUCCACAUAAUCAUCAGCAUCCGUACAUUAGCGCCAUGGUGAACAAUGGCAGUCUAUCGUACGAUCACGAUCGCGAUGGUACGCACACGCAGGUUGCAGGCUGUGAGGCAAAGUUCCGGAACGUCGAAUUCGACACGCAGAUCAGCAUACGCUAUGAAAACGACGUACUGUCCGUGUUUACCGAUUUGGAAAACAAAGCGACCUGGAAGGAAUGUUUUCGGGUGGAAGGCAUCAAACUGCCCACCGGAUACUUUUUCGGUGCAUCAGCCACGACCGGCGAUCUGUCCGAUAAUCACGAUAUUAUAUCGAUCAAGUUUUUCGAACUUGAGGCACCGUCGCUGCUGGCGGAAGAUCGCCGCCAGAUCGUUCCAUCGGCCGCCAGCUUUGAAGCACCGCGUGAACAUAAAGACGAUCCAAAGCCGGGCAUGUCGAAUGUAAAAAUUUUCUUCCUGAUUCUUCUAUCGAUGCUGAUUGUCGUGGUUCUAGUGGUGAUCGGAAUUAUGUUUUACCAGAAACAUCAAGAAAACGCUCGCAAACGAUUCUACUAAAUAUGAACCGCAUCGAGGUUCUAUCUACCGCGUAUGGUGGUCGAAUGCAAUCCCGUCUCGAAGAUCAUCCGUGACUGAAUCACACGUUACAAGUAACGAAUACACAAGUACCAAACACAUAGGGAUUUUUAGGAAAAUUCUUGUACACAUCUCAAUCGAACGAUAACAUUCGUGCGGAUUUAAUUUACGAAAAAGCGACCAGCAGAAACGGACCAUGGUUAGAUAGUCAGUGAUUGCAUGUAAAGAAGAAGAAGAAGAAGAACAGCUACAAACAUAACUAUCACCGUUAUUUCCUAAAGCACCUCCACCCAGUACUACUCUUCAUCACCAUGACUGCAAGGGAAGGCAUUUCUUCUGUUGUAAAUUUUUUUUCUCGCCCCCCGAUAAAGGUCAUUCACUGAAUUCGCUACAAAGCGAUGAGUCUUUAGGUUAAUCUCAUACGGAUAAAUUGCCGGUUACGAGCAAAUUCCCGUACACAGCAAGAAACAACCCUCUUCUAAAUCGUAAACCUCCCAUUAGUAUCGGCCAGCAGUAGGGAUUCGGAAUUUCAUUGGUUCCCGGGUUUUUGAAUUGGAUGUAUGAAUUAUAUGAUGGAUUUCAGUUAAUCAUGUUUAGCGUGUGUUCCUAAUAAAGCACAGAAUUGAAGGUUUUAUGGGUAAGGAAGUGUGUAGGUGAGAUUUGUCCAUUACAAUAAAUCGAAUGACGAAUACAGAAUGAGUGGAAAACAAAAA